UAUGGACGCCCUGACAGUCAAAGUGCCUGAGUUAGGUUCCUGACGUGAUUGGCUGGUGAAUUAGUCACCAGGACGCCACCUUAUGGAAAGUGAUUUAACGAAAAGAGAGAAUAAUAGUCAACAGGUUGCUGGCAUUGAAAUUACGUCAAGUCUGCUCAAGGCAAAUUAACAGGACCAUAGGAUAUUAGUGCAAUAUUAACAUUGUGUUUUAUAAUGCAAUCAUCACGUUGCCUUGACAAUGGAUACCAGCUAACCUUACAUUGAAUACGGAGUCAGUAUAUUAAGCUACUAUUCUCGUGAUGGGGACCUGUUGCGCCAAAGGACAGCCGGUGGAUAUUGACGAAGAGAAACGACCCAAGAAAAAGCCCAAACACAAGGGAAAACAAGCGGUUGAAGGAGGGCAGAUUGAAGGGAUAGGCGCCCCGGGUAGUCCUAAUGAUGGUACCAACGUCGAUCCACCCGGCAAGAAAUCCAAACGGAAGAAGAAAAAGAAGAAGGGCGGAAAGGAACCAGUUGAGACAACUGAGUCGAAAAAAACGUUUGUACCACCCACAGCGACACCUGGUGGUGACCCCUUGGGGAAUGGCGAGCAUAGCGACAGGGAAUCCUUGAAGAGAACGCCAAGCUAUAGAAAGUCGAUUGAGGUGACUGAGCUCCAAAAACGAUACGAUGAUUAUACUAUCAGCUAUGAAGAUAAAGCGUAUGUCUCCAAGGCACCAGCUAAGGAUGGCGCUGACGCAAAGAAGAAAAAGAAAAAGGGCAAGAAGGGUGAGACUGAUAGAAACUCUGAUAUUGACACCAUGCUCGUUCCAAUUGAUCCAAUAGAAGCUGGGGAAAUAAGUGCCUUUCAUCCAAUGGCUAAGGAAAUCAGGCGUGAAAAUCCAAACCAUUUCGACAAAAUGAAUACUGAUUAUAAAGAGGGUGACACAGACUUUCGAAUUAUAGACUUUAACCAGUCGCCGGGACACAAGGCUUCAAGGGCUGAUCAACUUAAACCUUUCGAACAUACCAAUGGGGAAAUAGGGACGGGGUUAGCCCAGACUGAUUCCCCUAAACAACAAGUUAUCGCCCAAAAGCGAAAGAAGAUUCUCAAACGGAUUAUUAUUGGGAGAAAAUACAAAUUCGUCAAACUAGUCACAACCUCGAGAACAGAAAUUAUCACUUCAGUUAAGCCAAAUAUCGCAAAUGAAACGUCACCGCAACAAGAUGAAGAAUAUAUGUUGGAGUAUGUCUCAGAAAAACCCGACGUGAAUGUCGAGAAAAACAGACGUGUUCGUAAGAAAAUUGUGUUCAUAGACGGUAAGAGAUAUGUGUUUACGAAAGUUACCACUGACACAACAACUUUAACUGAUCAAGAGGACGAGGCAACUUCUGAUGAAUUCACAAUCGACUUCGAUCACACAGAUCCCGACAACGCCAAGGAUGGUGUUGUGAUAAGCAGUAAUGACACUGGAGAAAAAUAUGCACUCGUUAAGAUCCCAGUAAGUGAUCAAAGCAAUGAUGGUAAUCCACAAGUAAUGACAUUCUUUGAUGAAAAAGACCCUGCACUUUUAGAACAUGGCUUGCCAUCUAUAAAACCGGGAUCGAGGUAUAGAUUUGUGAAAUUAUCAGAUAUAGACUCUGUUAAUAAAGAUGGCACGUACAAUGUGAAACCUGACAGUGAAACUGACAAUGCAACGGGAGAGUUCAUCGUGGAUUAUGUUAAACAUCGUAUUGAUGAACCAACGCAAACGCAAAUAAUGCCUGACCCUGAAAUUGGAGGUGCUAUUAUACCAGAUACCCACCCAACAUAUAAAUAUAAAAAGGUUGUGAGAAUAGGUACCACUAAAUUUACCCUGGUCCGAGUAAAGACAACCAUCGAGGAAAAUAUAUUGAACCAAAACACACCAGAGGAGACUUCUAAAAUAGAAGAAUAUAUAUUGGACCCAGGAUCUCAAAAUCAAGAAAAUAUUAAAGAACUCCAAAAUAUUGAAAAGCUCGCUAGUUUGAAAAACAUAAACUCAACAAUGAACGUAGUUCAUGUCGGCGAUGGUGCUAAAUUCAUUCUUGUGAAACAAGACUUUGUUAUGCCAAUUGAUACUGCUACUAUUCCAAGCAAAAAUACGGACAUGCCGAGAACCGAAAAUAUUACAGAAGAUUCAGGGAUGAAAACUGAUCGUAAGAUUUCCGAAUUUGAGGCUGAUACUGAUGCCUCAGUUGUCCAGUCUAACAUUUGUGCCAGAUAUCAAUUUAUUCCAGUUGAUACGGAGAUUGCAGAAUCUACCGAAGAUAUGGAUGCAAGUGAGGAGGAGUACGUUCUCCAGUCUGUAGAAUGUGACGAGGGAGCUGGCACGCAAUCUAAUAUCAAAUCAAAAAUCAUAAGGACUGUGAAUAAAAGUUAUAAAUUAUCCCGUGUUUUACCUGACGUUGAAGAAGAAACACAUUCAAAUCCAGAAGAGUUGCCAAAUGAAGAAUAUACCAUGGACGUUGAUAAACUUGCUGCAGAGAACGCUAUUAAAGAUAACAUUACGCCAGCUAAAAUUGUGAUAACCAGAGUUGAAGAUGGUGAGAAAUAUGAAUUAAUUGACACCAAGAAAGAUUACGAAAUAGAUGAAGAGGAGAAUGAUGAAAGGGUAGACACUGAGAGAGAAGUUAUGGAACUUGAAGAGACAUAUGAUCUAGAGCCAAAUGAGGAUGGUGAUAUAAUUGUUACUGCAGGUCCAAACAGCAAAGUCACAGGAAUCACUAAAAGGACUGUUACUAGAUUUGUAGGGGGUAAGAGUUACAAAUACGUUAAAUCAUCAACCAACACUUCUGAAGAGAUGAUAAAAAAACAUAAACCUUCCACUGACGUUAAUUCAGUUGAUGAUGAACAGGAACCAGUUAUGGAUGAAACACGAGACGAGAAAGCAUCCAGAGAGCCGAGUGAUGAUGAUUCAGAUGCAAGUGAUUAUGAAGAAGGAGAUUCAGACAGUGACGAGGUGACUGGUAGUUAUGACGUAUCCAAAACGUAUGAUAGUGAGGAAUCAGAUGACGAAACUGUCGGCGUAGUCAUAGAUGGCUCAGGUGUAGUCAUAAGUCCAGGCUUUAUUGGUGAGACAAGGCGUGUUAUUGAGGAUGAUAAUGAUGAUGCUUAUGAUUCAAAUGCAGUAAUCCCUGGUCAAAGUCCCACUGAACCUAUAAACCAGGGUGAUAGAAAGGUGCAGUAUAAAAUUGGUGCCAUUGAUAAACCUAUGCAUUAUACCGACGGAACAGAGGACGCCGGCAAUCCUGAUCUUGAUUCCUUUCAUACUGGUGCCUUUUCCGGUCUUAAGGACGCUAACCUAGCUCAGACUUCUCUAAGGGCCAGCUUCCGCAAUUCUGCAAGUAUAUCCCUUGAAGAACCAUCCAAAACAUCAAAAUCGUCUGAAAUUAGCAAGACCACUGUUACAUCAUCCACUGCAGAACCGACCAUCGUUGAUACAAAAGUGUUAAAGCGUCACAAAGAAGAGCCAGAUGGAUCUGAGACGCCAACUAAAAGUACAAGGUUCAGUAUUCAUCUCGAUGAUAAAGUAGGUGCUACAAUGUUUGAUACAUCCUUGGGUGAGUCCCCUAGGGAUGAAGUUAAGAGCAAGAACAAGAGUAAAAAGGUAUCAGCUCAAGAUACAAAUAAUAUUGAACCCCCUCCUCUCCCUCAAUCUCCACCUCCUUAUUCAAUUGUUGACGCAGAUUUACCUUUCACACCUGUGUCUUCAGAGCAAAAAGUCAGAUACCCUAGAAUUAUGUCAGGUGAAGAUAUCAAAGGUCUAGACAAAGUUAAAAAGUCGCCUCGAGUUUUGUUUGAUAAGGAAAAUGAAGUUGAUUUAAGGAAAAGGCCAUCUAAAAGAAAAGAAAUCCCAUCAGAUGUUAGCAAUGUAAAAAUAACUGAUAAAGAAAUUGACAGAAAGGAUAUCGUAGUGACAGAUGACAAAAGAGAGAGUUUGCUUGGACUCGUGUAUGGUUAUUAUGGUACACCAUCAAAAACAAUUGAAACAUCUGUAGACGAAGUGCCAUCUAUUGAACUUAAAGAAGAUCCAUACGGUUUAUCAUCAUCAAAGGUCACGAGUAAAGUAGUCGAGAAUUCGUAUGAAGACACUGAACGAACACCCGGUGUUCAACACUCUAGGGAAAGUAAAGUUACAACUCACACAGAGGAAAUUCAUGAAUUGAGUGAAGCUGCGUCAAGGUGUAUAGAUGACACCAUAAGAGCUAUGACUAAUGAAGCAACCAUCUCAAAUAAACUUUCUCAACAGGAUGACCAAGAGAAAUUUGUUGAUUCAAGUGGCCAGUCUGAUGUACUCAAUCUUGAUGAAGAACGGAUUAAAUCUCCACCAACUAAGACAGUAACCAGAGUAACAACGGAACACACUACUAUUGUUUCAGUUAACGGAAAUGUAGUGGAAUCAAAAGACAAUAAAAUGCUUAAAGACACGUCAGAUGGUGAACAAAAUGAUUCUCUAAAAAAUGUUGUAACUAGUAUACUUAAUAGUAGAAACAACUUGGCAAAUGUUGAGGACCCUUCUGUUAAACAGUCAGCGGAAUGUAAAUCACCAGAUUUAGCUGUUAAAGAUAAGGAUGUUGUGAAAACGGUUGAGCCGCCAGUACAUUUAAAAGGAAAAGCAUUCAUUGAGGCCCCGCCCAUUAAACAUAUUAGUCCGUCCGAGGCUGGUGAAAAUGAGGAUAGAUCAGAAGAAGUCACAGCAAGCUACGCCAAGGACACCCCACAACUUACAGGAUAUUUGGACAAGACAGGACAGAAUGAAUUGCGAAACCAGAUAGUUCAGUCUAAACCAAUGGACAUGCCAUCAAUUGAAACUACCACUGUGGACGAGACUUCAUCGAUUAACGCAAAGCAGGCCAUUGAUGAUAAUAAUAAAGGUAACAAAAAUAAAACGAAUUCUCAACCAACUAUGCAAACAGACCUAGCUUUUGGGACACAGGGUGUAGAAACCAUUGAGAGAGUAACUAAAGAUGGAAGGAUAGCAGAGGGAGAUGUAUCUGAUAUCAAUCAAAAGGGAUAUUUUAAGAAAGCCAUUGGUUCUAAACCUUCUAUGCAUGCAGGGGAAACGGUAAUUGGAAAAGAGUCCCUCGGAGAUGAAAUUACUGGAAAGGUGGUAAUACAAACCCAGGAGGCAAAUAUAACUGAUGGAACAAUCGCCCAAAUAACAGAUAAAGUUACAAAAUCAAAUGUCGAAAUGUAUGUUGAUACUAGGGAAAUAACUAAUUUUGAAACAGCAAGAGGAAAUGAUAUUGAAUUUAAACCAGAGAAAGGGUCAGUAACAAAUAUCGCAAGCGAGGAACUAAUAAAGAAUGCAUCUUCAUCUAAACUAAACAAACAAAUGGGUAUUGCACAGAUUGAUUCAAUAUCAAAAGAUGAAAGUGCAGCACAACACGAUAUACACGUUGAAUUAGAAGAAGGGAUUGUUUCUGAUAUUAAGACGGAGGGUCCCUUCAAAAAAUCUACAGCAUCUAAGAACUAUCAGAAAUUGGGCGUUGGUUCGGUAGACAAUGAAAGCACUGCUAAAGAUGAGACUACCACACAGAUAGUCACUGCAAGACUGAGCAAGGAGUGCAAGACUGAACAAGGAGUGCUGUCAGAUAUCAAACGAGAAGGGUCUAUCAAGAUAGCUUAUCAGUCUAAACCAUAUCA